AUGAUAAGACAAGUCCCUUAUGCUUCUGCAGUAGGAAGUCUCAUGUAUGCCAUGCUUUGUACUAGACCAGAUAUCCGUUAUUCAGUUGGCAUGGUCAAGCGAUAUCAAUCAAAUCCAGGACCAAAACAUUGGAAAGCUGUAAAGCAUAUCCUCAAGUAUCUACGAAGCACGAGAGACUAUAUGCUUGUUUACCGGUGUGAGGAUUUGAUUCCCAUUGGCUAUACAGAUUCAGAUUUUCAAUCAAAUCUUGAUUUCAGAAAGUCCACUUCAGGUUAUGUGUUCACCUUGGGAGGUGGAGUCAUAAGUUGGAGGAGUGUUAAACAAUCUUGUAUUGCUGACUCCACCGUGGAAGCUGAGUGUGUUGCUGCUUGUGAAGCGGCAAAGGAAGCUGUUUGGCUUAAGAAAUUCAUUUCUGGUCUUGGUGUUGUGAGAAUGGAGCAAGUUCCUAUCACAUUGUUUUGCGACAAUAGUGGAGCGGUUGCACUAUCCAAAUAUCCAAGGAAUCAUAAGAAAGGAAAACACAUUGAAAGAAAGUACCACAUCAUUCGAGACAUUGUUGCUCGUAGAGAUGUAGUAGUAGCAAAGAUUGAAAGUGCAAAUAAUCUAACAGAUCCCUUUACCAAAGCUUUGCCUCAAAGGACUUUUAAGUCUCAUUUGAAGGGAAUGGGAGUCAGAUUAGUGCACAAUAGUCUUUAG